GGUUUGACCAAGGCCACGGGAGCUCCAGCUGCAAGUUGUCGGUAGGAACAGGCAUGUCAAGGCUCAUGCACAGCUUCAUAAAGCCCUCUCCCCCGUCGUCGCCUGCAGUCCCACGCAGCCUACUUUCGUUCGAGGCCUCUCGUUUAGUUUCAGCAUGCCUUCCAUUCGCUGUUAUGUUUUCUCUGCUCUGGCGGCCGUUGUGUCUUUAGCAUCGGCUGGUGAAGUCUGCGACGCAUUUGGAAUUGACUAUGUGGACGGCGGUUCCUACUUUAUCAACACCAACUCGCAAGAUAAUUUCACUUUCGUUACCGAGUUCGAAGGAUGCAACGAUGAUAUUGCAAACACCAUGAUCGUUCCCCCGGAUGAUGCGCCGGACAACGAUGAGAUUAUCUGCAGUGACCUCGAUACUACCGACGUCGACGACACACCGGAGAUGGCAACAUGUCCAAUCAAGAAAUCGCAAAUGGUUUCAGGCCCGUGGAUUAUUCUCGUCAUGGGCAACAAUGGCGACGGCGACCCUUUUGCCUACGAGAGAGAUAUUACUCUCGACUGUGGGCCGCAAGUCACCGCUACCGUCACUCCCACUGUCACAUAUAAUAUCACAGUCACUCCGACUUCUACAUCGACUGUUUGGUCUACAGUGACAAACACGACAACCUUUGGGCCCACGACAACCUACACGCUUCCAUCUAGCACAGCUAAUUACACGAAGACCAUCACCCCUGCACCAGUCUAUACCACGCAGACUUGGACUGUAACCAGACACAAGCUCACUUGGACAAGGACGCAGACUAUCAAAACGACGACCCAAACCGCGAGCUGCACAGUGCCACCCAAGCCACAAUGGCCCGACAAGACUUGCACAUACUCGCCCACCAAGCUCCAUCCAAAGGCCCUGGAAACCGGCAAGCCCAACAAGAAGGGUGGACGGUACUGGCGCGGCGCUGCACGCGCUGUCAAUAUCGAGGAGGCUCGCCGCCGAUUCGACGCUGCGCAGAAGAAGCGUGACCUGAAGGAGCGUGCUGCUGUUCAGGUUGAGGAGCGCGCCCCAGACGCGCCUACAAUCUAUGUGACUUACAGCGUUGCUGUCAAUGUGACUUCGACACUCACGGCGGCUCCCACCACCACCACCGAGACGGAUUUGACAACGACCGUGACGUCAACUACACUCCCUCCAGCCACAGUCUUCUCGGGCAUUUACACCUCCACCACCACGCUACCGACGAAGACCAAGACCAAGAAGACGAUUGCAUAUACCACUCUUUAUACGACCAAGACCAUCCAUGCAACAUGGACGCUUACGACGACCGUAACUCCGACUGCUGUGGUGUCCAGCUGCAAAACACGCGGCGGCCACUGGGGCCCAGGCCGCUGGUAGAGCACCUCCAGCUCUCAUCUAAUAACUUUCCUGCAUUUUCACGGUCAUUGGGGCGGGAGACAUGUGAUUCACGAAAGCUGUUACGAAUAAAGCGAGGAACAAUCCUCCUGUAAUGUCUAGCAACAUAAUGAAGCGCAACUGUAAUUACCAAUAUCACUUUUUCACGAUAUUCUUCAACUUCCUCACCUUUUCCCCACAACUGCACUCU